AUGAUAAAGCAGCGCGUUCAGGAAGGAGAGCUGCUCUACAUGGGGAGGAGUGCUGGUGCCAUGGCCGCUUCCAGUGAUUUUGCCAUGACGUACGAGCCCAAUCCCAUGUUGGAGGAGAACCUGCUGGAUGGCUCCACUGCCGGGCUUUCGCUUGCGGGUUCUUGCUCUUUGAGACCACAUGCCUCGAAAAGUCUUUGGAAUGUCCCGGGCGAUGUGUUUGGUUAUGCUGUCAGCCACACGAUUGUGCGAGUUGCCAACGGAGAUGGUUUGUACUGCGACCAGGGGCACUGUGUCAUUGCCGGAAAGACAUCUGCCACAGAACCCGAUGCUUUCUCGUCGUCCGGCAUGCAUCUGCCGCGUGUUGUUGAGGCGUAUCGAUCUGUGUAUCAUGGGUAUCGCCCGGAGCAGCCAAACUUCGUCACCUCCGCAAUGCCAGAGACGCCGAACUGUCGCCUGGUGCUCAGUGGCAAGAAGCCACUCGUGGCUCUGGCUUCCUCUGGAUUAGAUGAUGCGGAUGCCAAGGAUGCCUUCGACUCGCUGAUGAGGACAUUGCGACCAGCGGAUACUGCCAGCAUGGCAAACCCUUACGGAGGCUUAAAGGUACUGGUGCUGGAUGACGGGGCCUUGCUGACAAAGUCCUUCUGGAAUUCUCUGGACAAAGAUUUUGCCAAUCCAGAUGCCGUCACUUAUGUGAAGACAGGAUCCCAAACAAGUCCUGAAGUCGUGCGCAGUCUUACGGAUGGAUUUUCCGGCUUCUCUGACGGAUGGAUCAAGAGUGCAGACUGCGUAGAGCCUUGUGGCGGCUUGGGCAGCUUUGGCUUUGACCCUGGCGCAUUUACGCACGUAUCAGCCUUUGACAUGUGCGCGACCUUCGAGCAGAAACAGGCUCUGUUUCGGCUGCAGUCGCACGGCCUGGAGCCGCAGGUGGACAUGACACUGGCAGAAGGGAGCCCCUGCAUUCAACAGUUGAACGAUCUGCUGGAUCAGGCUUCGGUUGUGGUUGCCAGCAGUGGCAACCCAGACCUGCUUGGCUAUGUCUUCAGGGUAUUCGCUCCCCAAUUUGGGGAGAAGAUUGCCCAACGGGUCAACCAAGGCUCAGUGGCCGUCCUGGCUUUUGGAGCAGCUGCUAUGGCCUUUGGUCAUAACUUUGCGGCUGCAGCUACUCCCAGUCUAGCACUGCAAAAGCUCUUGAAGGGCAACUUUCAGGGUCUCAAGCUAGCGGGGCAGUGCGCCGUGAUUCCUGGCUGGGACAAAGACAAGCUGCUCCUCGGAAGAAUGACAACAAUUACUUUGUUGCGAUUUAGUUGCAUUUGCCAUCCUUUGUAG